CGGUCGCGAUCCUUGAGUCGUGCGCGACUGGGGAAACUCUCUACUUCUCCAAGGAUCCCUCUUCACAAAGUUCGCACCUUGGGCCUUAAAGAUUGAUGUCGCGAUCUUUGGGUUAUGGGCCACGAUCUUCAGCAAGUUUUCACGACUGGAGAUCCCCGUCGUGAUCUUUGGCUUCUAGGCCACGAUCUUUGAUCCUUGCUCCUCUUUUACACUUGUGACCUUGUUUUGUACCUAAUUUUCACAUAUUGACUAAUACACCCUAUAAUCACAUCAAAAUCAAAUAGGAACGAAAUGGGUAUGCAUUUGACAAUGUUUAAACACUUAAGCACAUGAAUUGGAACAAAACAUGGCAUAAGAUAGAGGGUAAAUAACACAAAUUUUGGUGUUAUCGGUCAAUUUCAUUAACCGUCAGAUCACACCUAUUCUAAAGCAGUGGAGUCCGUUUCAAGUUUUGUAUUCACGUCUGCCUGACUAUCAAUUGCUUUGCGAGUUUGCUUGUGUUUGUAUUGUUCUACUUCCAGCCAGAGAACGUAAGAAGCUCACUCCUAAGGCAACAAAAUGUGUGUUCAUGGUUUAUAGUGACAAGCAUAAGGGAUAUGUGUGUUAUGACGUCGAACACUAGAAGAUUCAUAUUUCAUGUCAUUUGGUGUUCGUGGAACAUCUCUUCAUUAUUGCUCUACUUCAACUGGAGACCCCCAUGACUUGCACUUUCUUCCAUUCCCCUCCUUUUCCAGAGGUUUCAUCUACGCUUGUUGACAUUGAUGAUCCUGAUCCUAAUAUUGUUUUUGACGCCCUCUAUCCCGUUACACUCGAGCUCUAAUUUUGAGUCCUCCUCCUCAGGCUCCUGCUCCUUUUCUCACCGGACUCAUCAUCCUCGUCUUCUUCUGAUGGUUCCAGUGAGUCUGCCUCGUCCUCUCAAGGCUCAUCCUCGUCAUCUCAGCCGGCCCCCGCCAUGAUGCUCUCCUCGCAUCACUAGCGAGCAGCCGCCUACUCGCCAUGCAUAUAUUUUUUUUAUCUUACCCUGCUCAGUCUGUCUUUGUUCAUGCCACGUACAAACAGGCUAAGGGUUUGGACCCAUGGGAAAAGGCCAUGGAUGAUUAAAAUGAUGCUCUCGACCGUGCUCAUACCUGGGACUUGGUGGACUAUCGUCUAGAGUAUUUUGUGAUCGGGAACAAGGGUGUACACUUUGAAACUCCUUCCAGGUGGCUCGAUUGAUCGCCAUAGGACGAGACUUGUUUCCCAUGGCUUCAAGCAGGCCUUUGGCAUUGAUUAUGAUGAGACUUUUGCUCCUGUGGCAAAAAUGCAGAUUUUUCGGAGCUUACUUGAUGUUGUUGCUUUAAUAGGAUGGCCAUUACUCAGCUGGAUGUUAAAAAUGCUUUUCUUCAUGGUGAUUUGAAGUUAACCAUCUACAUUAAACGUCCUCCAAGCUACACUAAGGGUGAUCCUUCUCAGGUUUUUUGGCUUUAUCGAUUCUUGUAUGGUCUCAAGCAAGCGCCUCGUGCCUGGUUUGAGAAAUUUCAACCUAUUGUUAUUCAUGCUAGCUUGGUUUAGAGUGAGAACGACCCAUCCUUGUUCUUGUGGUGUAGUGGUGAUUAGUGGCGAUGAUCAGCAGGAUAAUCAGGAUCUUACAGCUAUCUUAUGAACGUCUUUCAACUUAAAGGACUCAGGGAUCUCUCUUACUUCUUCGGCCUUGAGGUUGAUCGACGUCUUCCUCGUGAGUCAACGGAUAUACAUUGUUGACUUCUUAGAAUAAGCAAAGAUGGAUGAUUGUCUUCCUUGCUUUACUCCCACGGAGCAGAGCCUCAAGCUUAGCUAGUUUGACGGGGAGUUGCUUUCUAAUGGGUCUCACUAUAAGAGCAUUGUGGGUAGUCUUUUAUAUUUGGUUCAUACUCAGCCAGAUAUCGCCUAUCCUGUCCAGAUGGUCAGUCAGUUUAUGACUACUCCACGUUCUCACCAUCUCACUGCAUUUUAGCACAUUUUUCGCUAUCUCAAGGGUACUCUGAAUGUCGGUCUAUUCUUUCUUGUUGUUGGUUUGCCUACACUGGAAACGUAUGCUGAUGAUAGGGAUGGCAAUGGGGCGGGUUUCCUAAACCAUCCCCACCCCCAUUUUCAAAUACCCAAACUCAUUCCCGCCCCAUACCCAUGCGAGGAAAUGUUUUGCCAACCCAUCCUCAUACCCGUAGGAUUCGGGUACCCAUGGGCAACACUCGUCCUCCUACAUCCAACAUUAUUAUACAUAAAACUUAGAAUAAAAUUUUUAAUUCUAAUACUAAACGAAUCUAUAAUAUCACAAAGUCAAUAAAACACAUUCAUUUUCUUAAUACGGUUCAAAAAAAUAUUAUCCUAAAACAUCCAUUAGUACAUAAUAUAGAAGUACAAUAUUUUCCAAAUUAUUAUGCUCCAACUCUGAUACAUCUACUAAGUAAUAAUUAACUAACAUAAUCUUGUUGAUAAUGGAAAAGUGAAAGACUGAAGGAAAAUUGAGAGAAAUGAAUUAGGUUUUGAUUAGGGUGGCCACUCCAUUGCAUUUCUACUAUUUAUUUUCUUGAGUUAUCCUCAUUAUCAUUGAUAUAUUACAAUUUGAUCCACAUAUUUUUUUAUAUUUGAAGAAAUUCUCUUGGUGGGGCGGGUAUGGGGCGGAGGAGGCUAAAACCAUACCCGUCCCAUACCCAUCGAACUUUUUGCGGAUUCUACCCAUACCUGCUUCAUAACCGGUCAAAGCAGGGAUUCCCUGUGUUAACUGAGUCGGGAGCGGUUGGGUACCCACGGCCAUGGGUUUGAUUGCCAUUGCUUGCUGAUGAUGAUUAUGCUGGUAGUCUGGAUAUUCGAGAGUCUACUUCUGGCUGGUGCAUCAAGUUGGGGUCUUCGUUUAUUUCCUCGCGUUGCAAGAAGCAGGAUUGUGUGGCCAAGUCAUCUACUGAGGCCAAAUACAUGUUCAUGUAUGAGGUUGCAUUGGAGUUUGUUUGGUUGAAGAGGCUUCUUACUUAUCUGGGUGUUGACUUUGUGGUGCCCAUGCAACUUUUCGCGGAUAAUACUAGUGCUAUCAAGAUAGCCACUAAUCUGGUUCUUCAUGAUCUUACAAAGCACAUUGAAGUGCAUGUCCAUUACCUUGGCCAGUUGGUUUCUGAAGCCCUCAUCACUCUCUCCUACAUUACCUCGGAGGAUCAGACGACAGAUUUACUGACCAAGGCGGUCUUGAAGGCUCGUCAUUGGUUUCUGGCUCACAAAUUGAUGUUCCGUCAGCAUCAUCAAUUUGAGUGACGGUGUUGAUGAUAGUUGUAUAUGUUUAGUAAUCAAACAUAUGUUAAUGUUAAUUACUAAACUACCCUUAGGGAAUACGGUUAGCUCGACCGAUAUAUAUUUGUGGAGUGGCCGAGUUUAUGUUUUCCUUAAGUUCUUUGGUGUAUUCGUGUGACUAAACCCUAAUAAGAUUGACUCGAGAUGCUUCCUCUCCAGUGGACUAGUCUUAGCUAUUCUAGCUUAGGAGACCACAUAAAUCGUGUGCGUGUGAGUGUUUGUGUUUUAUUUUUAGUAUUGUCUGACAGAGGCGAGGUUGGAGGUGGACGGCCGAGAAUGAAGUGACCAAGGUGAGCGAACUGUCUUGUGUGGCAUUGAAUUCUGAGAAUUCCUGUGCUGCCUCGAUAGAGAGAGCUCAAUAAUGCAAGAAGGAAGCUGGUGAUUCAAAGUCGAUUCCCUAGUCGGACGUUGAAUCGAUGUGAUAAAUCCGGAAAGUAAUAGGAGAGAGAUGAAAGAGAACGAAGUUGUUGUUUCCGUAGCUCAUGAAUCAUGCUUGAUGCAUAAAUCUGUAGAAGAAAGCAAAAUCAUAGCAGCAGAGCUUUCAUAUGUAUUCAAAUAAUGAAGUUGAUGUGGUCCAUGUCGAUGAGUUGGUGGUGGUUGAUCAAAGUAAAACAGCUUGGCCUCUCUCCGAGAGGAGCUCGCUUGCUUGGAGCAAUUCUCUUGUGAUGAAGUCGUUUCGGAUUGCUCAUCCAGUCACGACACAGCGUUCACGGAGCUUUAGUCUGAUGUAUUCCUGGAUAUCUUGUCAGAGCUAGAUUUGUCUUCUAAUUACACGCCGUCAAUCUUCUUGGAUACUGGAAGCCAAUUCUCUCAUUAAUCAGAUAGCCAGUCUUUGGGCAAGUCAAUAAACAAAGUCUGACGCCACGGUAUACUGACACAAAACUAGCAUAUGUAUGGUUCGACAACUGUGGUGCACCAUUCCCUUUCUAGCAGCUGCCAACCAGAACUAGCAUUUGGCCAUAACUAGAAAAAAAAGCCAAGUAGCCCGUAGUUUGUUAGUAUACAUGCUUUGCUCAUUUGCUGCUUUGAACCUUGUAUUUAGAGUCGCUGAAUGCUAGUUGUAUGACUCUGUGCUACUAUUAUAGCACCAUAUUCUAGACGGGUUUCCUAUAAUGUCUAAUUUCCUCGUCUAAUCCUUCAUAUUGGAAUGUUUGCUUUGAAUAAUGAGCCGGAAUCAUGUGCAAAAGAGUUCCACCAUGAGACAACAUUCAUCACUGCGAGCCUACUUGACAGGUUCCUCGAUAAAGGAAUUUUUAUGAUUAAAAGAACCUUUCAAAUUGUUUGAAUAGCAUGCCUUAUGCUAGCUACCUGGAUGGAAGAAAAUCAACCAUAUAACAGGCAAUUAAUAAUCUCAAUCUAGUCUCUAAGGAUAACUUCAUCUUCUAGAUAUUGUUAUGAAUGGUGAAAUCAUUUUGGUUUGAGCAGCGUGAGGGAAAGCAAAUUUGUUAUAAACAUAAAUUCUGGCCCUUUUAUCUAUUUUGGACUUGAUUGUCAUCUAUUUCUAUUUUAUGGAUUUUGGAUGAUAUUUGGGGGGUUUUUGGUAGUAUUUGAAUAUUUUGGAUAUGAAUAAAACUCAUUAUUUUGAGAAGAUGACAAACAAAUCACAAGAAACUGUGAAGGAAACCGUGACCGCCAAGGACCACACCAAACAAGACGCACUGAUGCAGGCCUUGAAGGAUGUGGCGGUAUAAUAAGUUGCGACAACUGAUCAGCUGAGGUUGACCAAAGAGCAGCUGACGACCACCACGGAGCAGACGUCGGUGGAUCUCAGUGACUUAACCCGAAUGCAUCACUUUAAAACUCAUGAUUAAUGCCCAAAUAUAAACCUUAAUCGGGU